AUGCCAGGGUUCUCUUGGAUGACAAAGAAGUCAGCUAGGAUCGCCUAUUGUGGCCUCUUUACUGGCUUUGUUGUUCUCUCCUUGAUUCUUUCACAAGUUGCUGCUCCCUUGUUGCAGAUUUUCCCUUGGUUUCUGUCAAAAUUUGGGGCUGGCCUAUUUUUGUUGGUUCAGUUUGUUUUACUAUUGGAUUUCACUUACACUUGGAAUGAUGCUUGUCUUAAGAAUGAUGAUACGAAAUGGUUCUAUGCCUUGUUUGCAAUAUCAGUGGGAUGCUACAUUGCUUCUUUUACUUUAUCCAUAUUUUUGUUCAUUUGGUUCAAUCCCUCUGGUCACGACUGUGGCCUCAAUGUGAUCUUCAUUGUCGUGAACUUGAUUCUUUUUGUUGUAUUCGCUCUGAUUGUACUGCAGGUACAAGGGAGCCUUUUCCCAGCUUCAGCGAUUUCUGUAUACUUUACCUAUGUGUGUUUUACUAGCCUUUCUAGCGAACCCCAUGACUAUGUUUGCAAUGGCCUGGACAACAGAGCCAAAGGCGUCUCCACAAGCACCAUUAUCAUUGGACUGAUCAGUACAAUACUCUGUGUCUUGUAUUCAGCUCUUCGUGCUGGCUCGACAAAGGCCUUGCUAUCAUCCCUAUCAUAUCCAAGGGCAGUAUUUGCCCAUCUAAUAACCUUUGCACAUUAUUGGUUGCUCGCUGCAGGUGCAACUCACUUAGAUGCCGCCCUUGCUCACGGUGUGUACUCGGACAUGCUCUUCUCGGGAUGGAGCAGUUUGUCUGACUGUUCUGAGGAUACAGAAGCGGGCGAAGACAUAAGGGAUUUAAAAUCAUGGCUUGUUAGUCUGCCAUACUCUGUUGAGUCCCUUAGGUUUUGA